GACAGUUGACGGCUCAAGAGGAACCUGACUAACAGCAGCGUGACGGGAUAAAGAGGAUAAAGCUCUUUCUACAGAGCCAGGGCUUCUUAUUAUCUACUUCAAACUCAUCGUACCUACUGCAGGUGACGGGGAGAAGUGUCAUGGCUGCAUACGGACAGACUCAGUACAGCCCCGCCCUUCAGCCUGCAGGGCCAUACACACCUUACACCCACCAUACGCAGGGCUACAGCAUGCCAUCUUACAACAUUAAAACAGAAGACGGCCUGAGUCACUCUCCAGGACAGACGGGACUACUUGGAUACUCGAACUUCAGCAGCACUCCUCCCAGUCAGAGUCUCUACAGCUACUCACACACACACAGUGGUGGUAUUUCAUCUGGAAUUUUUCAAGGCACCCACGCAAUCUCCAGUUCAACCCCAUUCAACCCUACCCAGCAAGAGUUUUCAGCGUACUCUAGCUACAGUCAGAGUCAGUACUCUCCGUAUUAUAACUCACAUCACUACAACAGCCCCUACCUACCCAGCAGCAACAUCAGCCCUGCUGCCAUCACAGCUCCAUUAGCCUAUCAGCAUCCAGAACACCCCGUCAUGCUGCCCAAUCACAGUCCAGAGUCACACACAGGAGAAUACCACCCACCGCCCAGCCCCCCCACACCAGGUAAAGACGAGGGGGUCCCAUCACGAAGGGGGUCGGAUGGGAAGUUGAGGGGGAGGAAAAGAGUCAGUGACCCAGCUCCACCUCUGGACUCUGAUAUAGAGCGUGUGUUUAUCUGGGACCUGGAUGAAACCAUCAUCAUUUUCCAUUCGCUCCUCACGGGAACCUUCUCCUCACGAUUUGGCAAGGACUCCUCAAAGGCAGUGUCUCUUGGUUUGUGGAUGGAGGAGAUGAUCUUCAAUCUGGCUGAUUCAAGACUCUUCUUCAAUGACUUGGAGGAAUGUGACCAGGUUCAUAUUGAUGACGUGGCAUCAGACGACAAUGGACAGGACCUGAGCACUUACAACUUUGGGUCAGAUGGCUUCCAGAGCCCAGCAGGGGCCAGCUCUCUGUGCCUAGGGUCAGGGGUCCACGGAGGGGUGGACUGGAUGAGGAAACUAGCUUUCCGAUACCGCAGAGUCAAGGAGAUCUACAACACAUACAAAAAUAAUGUUGGAGGUUUGCUGGUUAGCCCCAAGCGAGAGGAGUGGUUACAGCUGAGGAGAGAGAUGGAGGUCCUGACUGACCUGUGGCUGACUCAAGCACUCAAAGCCCUGGCUCUCAUCAACUCCAGGCCUAACUGUGUGAAUGUGUUGGUAACCACCACCCAGCUCAUCCCAGCCCUCUCCAAGGUGUUACUGUAUGGUUUGGGCUCAGCCUUCCCCAUAGAGAACAUAUACAGUGCCACUAAGACAGGCAAAGAGAGCUGUUUUGAGCGAGUCUCUCAGAGGUUUGGUCGGAGAGCAGUGUAUGUGGUGAUAGGAGAUGGAGCCGAAGAAGAGGCCGUGGCCAAGAAGAAGAACAUGCCGUUCUGGAGGGUGUCCUGUCGGCCCGAUCUGGAGGCUUUGAGCCAUGCACUGGAGCUGGACUACCUCUAGAGGGCGCCAGCUGUCACACUUCUGCUCUUCCACCCAAAUCAUGAGACGCUCCUGAACUCCUGAGUGCAGCUAGUAGGUUAAGGUGCAACCUAGAGACUGAUUCAGAGUCAGUGUUGCUAUUUCAAGGUUUGGCAUGAGGCAUUUCAUCCCUAAUGAGCACCCAGGCGAACAAUUUUACACCGAAGCCAAAGGAACUGUGAGGAUUUCGAAGCGAGGCUGCAGUAUAUCUAUGACACCUAAACAUGAAGCCAAAAGUGCUGGACCAAAAUUAAAGACCAAAGUAAAAUAAGGGACCAAAGCUUCAUAACCCCAGGGAACUACGGUUAAUACUGCAAAUACUUUUUAAAAAACCUUUUCCUUUUUUUUAAAUUCAGUUCAUCUCAACUUUAUGGAAAGUGUCCCACUUUUGUACACAAAAAAGUGAUGCACUGAAUGCAAACUUUUACAUCCUGUUUAUUGAACACAGUGAGUAUGUCUGCAUGGAUGAAAGGUCAGAUUGUUGUUAAAUUGUUUGUUCUGCUGUGUCUUUUUUAUUUGUUGAGACUAAACCCAUUUUACACUGACCAAUACUAUUUUAAAGACAAAAUCAGAAACUCAAAGACUUAAAGUUGUGUUAUGUGGGAUAGAGUUUGCCUUCACUAUCAUUUUAGAAUUGUUAUAUUCAUAUGUCGGCUAGAUAAAUGUCAGGUAAUAUUCUCCUCAUAGGUAGAGGCUAUUGAAAAUAGCCUGAUUGUAUUUUACCAUUAAAAUGUGAGCUAUUUAUUAUUAGUUAAAUUCACAACACAAUGAGGUAUAAACAAGUUUGGGAGCUCAGCAUAAGAAAAUCUUCCCUUCAAAGACCAAAAAUAUGCUCUUGUAAAAAUGUUUUAAUAAGAAGAUGUCUUAAAGAUGCUGUAUUAUAGGCUGGUGCUCAAAUCCUUACUUUUGAUUCUGGGUUGUAAAUGUUGUCAUGUUUUAAUUCUUCUUUUCUGUCAUUGUUUCAUUUUCUAAUAACCUGUUUGUAAUAUAGAUGAACUGGUAUGGUUGUGCAUGUGCUGAUUACACUGCUUGUCAGCUUAGCUAUGAUUUGUAUAUAAUGCUUUAUUGUCGAUUUGUUUUGACAGACAGUUAAAAUAGAUUAAUAAAGAUAAAUUAAUUGCAUUGUGGGGAAA